UUCAGACAUUUCUUAUUAACCUCACUGGACAUUUACUCGGUAAAUAAUGAAGCGAGGUUACUUUAUGUUAUGCGCACAACUUUAAGUACAACGUGACUGAGGUGAGGACAUUCCCCAGGACAGAGAAUAACCUCAAUUUUCAGCCAUUUUGCUCCAUUAAAGUACAGCUAGCGUAACUGUCAUUAGCUUAGAAGUUAAGUUUAACGUUAGCUCGCUAACAACGGUUAGAGGUGGCCGAUUUCAAACGGAGCUGAUGUGUUUUUAACGGUUCGGCGUCGACUGUUUGUUCGUAACCGUCAGUUGAAAUCAGUCUGUCAUCUUGUUCGACUGUGAUUACACGAGCAGCAAUAGCCGCGGCAGAAAGUUGUAUUUGAUUUGAUAAACUUGGUUGAUAACGUUGGCGUGAGUAACGUCAGUGUUCAACCUCCAGCCUAGUUCUGCCGGUUUCAGCGAUCGGCCCCGUCAUGUCGUUAUUCUUGAGCAUUGGCUGCUACACGGCGAAUUAUGCAGAUUUCACGACGUCGGAGGAGGAGGAGGACUGGAGGUUGGGCCAGCGGAAUGCUACGUGUCUUGGAAGUCCCUUUUAAAGCCCCUCGUCUUCUUGGAUUACCGCUGCCAAAACUUUGGUGGUUACAACCCGAGCGAGCGACAGACUCCCCCCAUCCAGGCCUCUGUGUGUCUGAGCCCGGUGUGCAGCAGCAGCAGCAGCAGCGGUCGAGAGAAAUGUCCGGGGUGAAAAAGCUUCGCACGGAUCUGAACAGGUCAACGAAUGUGGUGUACCAGGCCCACCAUGUCAGCCGUAGCAAGAGAGGGCAGGUCGUGGGCACCAGGGGAGGCUUCAGAGGCUGCACUAUCUGGCUCACUGGUUUGUCUGGUGCCGGGAAGACUACCAUCAGUUUUGCUCUUGAAGAGUACCUUGUGUCCCAUGCUAUCCCUUGCUACUCGCUGGACGGAGACAACAUUCGCCAUGGCCUGAACAAGAAUCUGGGCUUCACUGCUGAAGACCGCGAGGAAAACAUCCGUCGUGUCGCUGAGGUGGCCAAACUGUUUGCCGAUGCUGGGCUGGUGUGUGUUACCAGUUUCAUCUCUCCCUUCAGCAAGGAUCGCGAGGAGGCAAGGAAGAUCCAUGCCAGUGCCGGACUUCCAUUUUUCGAGGUGUUCAUCCACGCUCCUCUUGAGUUGUGUGAGAGUAGGGAUGUAAAAGGACUUUACAAGAAGGCUCGCGCUGGAGAGAUCAAAGGUUUCACUGGUAUCGACUCAAACUAUGAGCGUCCCGAGGAACCAGAUCUUGUCCUGAAAACUGGAGAGCUCUCAGUCAACGAAUGCCUCCACCAAGUGUUGGAGCUGCUCAGGGACCAGAAUAUUGUACCCGGCGAGAUCAUGGAGGAGCUGAAUGAACUAUUUGUUCCGGAGAACAAGCUGAAUCUCGCUGUGGCUGACGCAAACACGCUUCCCACUAUCAGCAUCACCAAGCUGGAUCUACAAUGGGUGCAGAUUUUGGCAGAGGGCUGGGCCAGUCCUCUGAAAGGCUUCAUGAGAGAGAGAGAGUUCCUCCAGGUCUUACACUUUGGCAAUCUGCUGGAUGAAAUACCAUCCAGUUCUUCAGAACCAUCAAAACAUCCUGUGUCCAGAUGUUAUGACCAUAUCUGUAUCAUCUCUGUCAAGGAAGGUUGUUUGGUUGGUGGGGCCAUCAACUUGUCCGUUCCCAUCGUCCUGCCUGUUAGCACUGAGAAAAAGCAGGAGCUGGACGGCUGCACGGCUGUAGCUCUCGAGUACCAGGGUAGACGAGUGGCUAUUCUCAGGAACCCAGAGUUUUACGAAAACCGCAAAGAGGAGCGCUGUGCCAGACAGUGGGGCACCACUUGUCCACAGCACCCUUACAUUAAGAUGGUCAUGGAGGGAGGUGAUUGGCUGGUAGGUGGUGACCUGGAGGUACUGGAGCGAAUCAGAUGGAACGAUGGGCUCGACCAUUAUCGCCUCACACCAAAGGAGCUCAAGCAGAAGUUCAAAGCCAUGAAAGCAGAUGCGGUAUUUGCAUUCCAGCUGCGUAACCCCGUCCACAAUGGUCACGCCCUGCUGAUGCAGGACACCAAGCGCCGUCUCCUGGAGCGAGGCUACAAGAAUCCAGUACUCCUGCUGCACCCACUGGGCGGCUGGACCAAAGAUGAUGACGUGCCUCUGGACUGGAGGAUGAAGCAGCAUGCUGCUGUCUUGGAGGAGGGCAUUCUGGACCCAGCCAGCACCAUCGUCGCCAUCUUUCCAUCUCCUAUGAUGUACGCUGGACCCACAGAGGUUCAGUGGCACUGUAGAGCAAGAAUGAUUGCCGGAGCAAACUUCUACAUUGUUGGCCGGGACCCAGCAGGCAUGCCUCACCCAGAGACAAAAAAGGACCUGUACGAGCCCACCCACGGAGGAAAGGUGCUCACCAUGGCCCCGGGCCUCACUUCUGUGGAGAUCAUUCCAUUCAGGGUAGCAGCCUACAACAAGACAAAGAAGGCUAUGGACUUUUACGACCCAGAGCGAAAAGCCGACUUUGAGUUCAUCUCUGGAACCAAGAUGAGGAACAUGGCCCGGAGCGGGGAGAACCCUCCAGAUGGUUUCAUGGCCCCCAAGGCCUGGAGGGUGUUGGUGGAGUACUACACCUCUCUGAAGAAGGACAAGUAAUCAACAAACGGCUCAGCUCACCAGCAAAACAGCAUUUAUAAGGAUUACAGGAUCUUUAAGGGGGAAUUUUAGAUUGAUUAUUCAUUUCGAGUGAUGGAUUUAGAUUGCCAUAAAUCAUGAGUCAUUGUGGCAAGGGUGGGUGUUUUGUGCAAGGCUUCACCAAAUCGAGAAAGACUUGUCUCCAGCGGUUAAAGCAUUACAUUUCUACAUUCCAGUACAGCUAUGUGAUCUAUAAAUCCAUUGUAUGUUUAUAUACAUAUUAACUUAAUCUAUGUAUUUUAAUAAAUUAAAGGUAACUUGAGAUUCUUUUUUUAUUUUUAAGCAUAGGAGCACAUACCAAGACAGGGAAAUCAUUUGUGAUAUUUACAUGUAAUUAUCUGAAGGAUGCAUGACAAAAAACAACAUGUAGAUGUCACUUUUUAUAGCAUGUUAUGUCGAUGAUAUCACUGUCUGUUGAAUAAUUUGUCAGACUGAUGAAAGUCACUGUCAGUUUUAUCAAUACCAAGACUGCCUAUUUGUUUUACAUGUAUGAAUGUUGAUUAAUUCAUCGUGUUAAAGUUUCACAUUAUUGUGAAAUGCAACAUUUUUCUUUUAAUAAUGUGAAAGUGCCUUUCUCACAAAUGUCAACAUUUGUAAAACCCUCAAUGUUUUUGUGAUUUUAUGAAAUGGGCAUGUGCAUUCAUGUAAUAAAGAAAUAGGAGACAGAGUAUGUCUGAAGCAGUAAUAAAGGAACGUAUUUGUUGUAAA